CAGACUCAUUAAGUAUUAGGAAAAAUGGAGCUAGAAGAGUUGGGUCACUUCCUUUUUCUACCUGUGCUGAGAAAUGCUGAGGCUCACCCACAAGUGUCCGGGGUCCCCAUAGACACACGGAAUUCUGAGCAAAUGUGAUGAAAUUGGUUAAAUAUUUGGCCCUGGAAAUGCAGCCUGUAGGUGGUUAGUGAUGGCGAUAUGGACUACAUGUGAAUCUUGAUUUAGCAACUCAUUAGAACUUUGUGAUGAAAGGAAACAGUUUGCUGCUUGCUUCAAGGGUAGGUUCAUUUGCAUUGCUCUGCAAGGAAGUAGUAAUGAGUCACCAAGCCUUAGAUUUCACCCCUUCUUGAUUUCUUGCUGAGUUAACUUUAAUUGAAUGGUAGAGUUAUCACAAAUGAAUUAUCCUGAAAGUAAAUGCCAUUAGGGAAGGAUGGGUGGAAGAUGGGGCUGGGGAAUGGAUGAGGACCACAGGACCAGUCCUAUUUAAAUGCAUCUGAGCUAUGAAACUACUACGUUUGACAGUAUUAGGAAAAAUACUCAAAAUCAUGUGAGAUCAUAAGCUUUCCUGUAACAUCCAGCCAAAAGGUCUGGCCAGUACAAUUUCCUUUGGAAUAUCAAGGUUAGAGAGGACCCCAGAGGUGAGCUAAUUAGAUGGAAUCCUUGAGUAAAGUGUGAACAGAGAAAAGUCAGACUGCUUUCUCCUUCCCCAUAGGUGUCUCUGGGAUAUUCAGCUUCCUCAAUUAGAAAAUGAAGGUAUGCUUACUUAAAUUUAGUAAGCAUUUUAACUUACACAAAAUGUACAUUAUUUAAAUUAUUUUUAAAAAGAACAGCUGCCUGGUAACAACAAAAAUUGUGUUAUGCUUGCUUCAGCUGGUCUUUUUGCCUGGAACACUUAUAUCAUUUAAACAAGUAUCAUAAAAGACUUCUGCUAGUGAAUCACUUAGAAGCUAUUUCUAAGAAGCAAUUUCUUUAACCCAGCAAGUUUUGUGCUUUUAGAAAUCUAUUUUACUAUUACCCAAGCAGAGAGCAGUUAUAGAUUCACUAAGAUUCAUGUGCUCGAAAUUUUUAUUUAAUAAUUGCUCAUGCUUAAAAUAUAUUCACCACAUGACUUAUAAUGGAGAAAACAUAAGUGUAUUUUUGCCUUUAUUGCCCAUAAAUUCUUCUUGGAAGUGAGCUAUAUAAUUCUUAGAGUCAAAGGUCUGAAUUAAGAUGAUCCAGCAUAAGUUUCAUUAACGUAUGGUCAUUUUUAAGAAGGCGAGAAACACCUAAGAAUCUCCCCUCACUGUCCCAGUUCCCUGUUUCUUUUAAAGGUUCACAGUAUGUAACUGAAAGUCUUUCCUGGGUAGGAUUUAUUUGAAUCACUCUUUCACAUGCAAAGGAUAUUGUAGGAGAUAACUUCCCACAUGUUGUUAAAAGCAUCCUGAUUUUGCUGGCAGGAAUAUGAACAUCUGUUGUGAGGAAAGAAAAAGUUCCAUGCAAAUUACACAGUCAAAGAAGAGAAGGGAUGUUCAAGUUGAGAAACCAGUGACAUUUCUUGUAACUGUACUAUGAGUCAGCACAUUUUUUAUCUUCUUGAUAAUAUAUGGAAAUGCAGUGAGGUGGUAGGGAACAGUGUUCAUUGUAUGUGUGCAUUAUUUCAUUUUCUUGUGGGUGUGUGUAUGUGUGUGUGACUUCAUGCCAUCAACAUUUCUGAGGAUACAGUAAAUUGUAGUCCGUGGAAGACUGACUGGAAUCAACAUACCCGUAGCUUUAGAAAGCAGUUUCCGCCUGGGCGAAGAGUGCAAGAGCGAUGGAACCCCAUGUUCCUGGAAGUUUGCACAUCAGAGUAAACAAACUUGAAAACCCCUCUUGAUAGCAGAAUUUACCCAGCCUUGUUCCAUUUUCUCUUAACAAAACACACCGCAAAAGCUCUCACAAGCUGCUUUGAUGAAGCCACAUGUAUUUCCCCCUUCACAAUUUACAGGAAGUUACUCUUAAAAGAAAGUGAUUCUGGUGUUUACUGCCUGUGUUAAAGGGCCAGAGUGCCCUUUUAUUUCUGAUAACAUUUGAACGAAAUGCAGAAACAAUUUGUAGACUAAUAUAGUCGGUAUGUGAGUAAGAAUAAAGCAGUAACCUACUGUCUUGUUAGAGCAAAAUUUCUGCUACAAACAGUGCCCUACAACUUGGAGACUACAAGUUUCAGGUAACCAGGUGUUGUAUAUGUGUAAGGAAAUGUCUUAAAUCUGAAGCUCUUAAGAGGCGGUACCUCCAAAAAGAGGGAGAGAGAAACUUCUGUGGAAGGAUAAGGAGUUGGUAGUUUCUACUACUAAGAGUAUAUAUUUUAGUUUUUUCCUAUUCCUUUCUUAACUCUGCUUUUUGACCAAGUGGCCUGAAUGCAUCUGUUAAGCAGAAAUAGUGUGACUCUAGGACAAGUUUCAAAUUUGAAUUCUUCGUUAUGCGUUGCCUUUAAGAAAGGACAUACUCUGUUCCUGUUCUUUUUCCAAAAGCACACGCCUGUGGCUCUGAGUGUGGUGUUUUAGUCAACCUCCUCACAGAUAAGGGUGCUGUCUCCUCCCUCCUUUGGCUGGAAAGAAAAGCACAAGGCUGAACAUGUUUCUCACGAGGAAAAGUGACUGCUCAGUAGACUGUCAAUUCUGGCUGCUGUCCCGGUGUUCACUUUGUUAUGGCAGGUGAAGUUCACCUUUGCCCCGCCCAGUGUUUCCACAAAAAGGCAAGGUUCCAAGUAUUCAUAUGAACAAGUGUUACUGUAGGACUCGCAGGGUUGGGGGUGGAGGAUGUUUGCAUAGUUUAAGCCUUGGGCGGAGGUGUAGGAAAUGGCAAGUACAGAGGCCGUAGAAAAAGUUGAGAGACUCAGUUUGACGUCGUCAGUCGCCUUGGUCUUCUACCCAGUGACUCAAAGCACUAAAAGUCAUCGUCAUCGGAACUGAAGUUAGCAGCAUCGCCCGUUUGCCAUUCACUGCUGUAGCCAAAGUAGUACUCUGUGGUGGUUUAAUCGGUUUGAGGUAGCUCCUUAAAUGAGAAUCUGUGUUUCAUUCUUCUGUUACUUUUCCCGAAUAUGAAAAGACGAUAAAGCUGAAAUGGAAAAGAUCUAUUCCAGAGGGGAGCUUCACCACUUCAUUGAUGGCUUUAAUGAGGAGAAAAGCAACUGGAUGCGCUAUGUGAACCCAGCACACUCUGCCCGGGAGCAAAACCUGGCUGCGUGUCAGAACGGCAUGAACAUCUAUUUCUACACCAUUAAGCCCAUCCCUGCCAACCAGGAACUUCUUGUGUGGUACUGUCGGGACUUUGCAGAAAGGCUUCACUACCCUUAUCCCGGAGAGCUGACAAUGAUGAGUCUCACACAAACACAGAGCAACACGAAGCAACAGAGCACUGAGAAAAAUGAACUUUGCCCAAAGAAUGUCCCAAAGAGAGAGUACAGCGUGAAAGAAAUCCUAAGAUUGGACUCCAACCCCUCCAAAGGAAAGGAUUUCUACUCUUCUAACAUUUCACCCUUCACUUCAGAAAAGGACAUGGACGACUUUAGGAAAAACGGGAGCCCCGAAAUGCCCUUCUACCCUCGUGUUGUCUAUCCCAUCCGGGCCCCUCUGCCUGAAGACUUUUUAAAAGCUUCCCUGCCCUAUGGGCUGGAGAGACCAACUUACAUCACUCACUCCUCCCUCCCGUCCUCCACCACUCCCAGUCCCUCGGCAAGAAGCAGCCCUGACCAAAGCCUAAAAAGCUCCAGCCCUCACAGCAGCCCGGGGAACACGGUGUCCCCUGUGGCUCCCGGCUCACAAGAACACCGGGACGCCUACACGUACUUGAACGCGCCCUACGGCCCGGAAGGUUUGGGCUCCUACCCCGGAUACCCACCCCUGCCCCACCUGCCGCCAGCUUUCAUCCCCUCCUACAAUGCUCACUACCCCAAGUUCCUCUUGCCCCCCUAUGGCAUGAAUUGUAACAGCCUGGGCACAGUGGGCAACAUGAAUGGCAUCAACAACUUCAGCCUCUUCCCGAGGCUGUGCCCUGUCUACAGUAACCUCCUCGGAGGGGGCAGCUUGCCCCACCCCAUGCUCAACCCAGCUGCUCUCCCAAGUUCGCUGCCCUCGGACGGAGCCCGGAGGUUGCUGCAGCCGGAGCAUCCCAGGGACGUGCUUGUCCCGGCGCCGCACAGUGCCUUUUCCCUCACCGGGGCUGCUGCCAGCAUGAAGGACAAGACCUGCAGCCCCACGAGCGGGUCUCCCACAGCGGGCACAGCCGCCACGGCAGAACACGUGGUGCAGCCCAAAGCUACCUCAGCGGUGAUGGCAGCCCCCAGCAGUGACGAAGCCAUGAAUCUCAUUAAGAACAAAAGGAACAUGACGGGCUACAAGACACUUCCCUACCCACUGAAGAAGCAGAAUGGCAAGAUAAAGUAUGAAUGCAACGUUUGCGCCAAGACUUUUGGCCAGCUCUCCAAUCUGAAGGUCCACCUGAGAGUGCACAGUGGAGAACGGCCGUUCAAAUGUCAGACUUGCAACAAGGGCUUUACUCAGCUUGCCCACCUACAGAAACACUACCUGGUACACACGGGAGAAAAGCCACACGAAUGCCAGGUCUGCCACAAGCGAUUCAGCAGCACCAGCAAUCUUAAGACCCACCUGCGACUCCACUCCGGAGAGAAACCUUACCAAUGCAAGGUGUGCCCUGCCAAGUUCACCCAGUUUGUGCACCUGAAACUGCACAAGCGUCUCCACACCCGGGAGCGGCCCCACAAGUGUACCCAGUGCCACAAGAGCUACAUCCACCUCUGCAGCCUCAAGGUCCACCUGAAGGGGAACUGCCCCGUGGCCCCGGCCAACGGGCUGCCCUUGGAGGACCUGACUCGAAUUAAUGAAGAAAUCGAGAAGUUUGACAUCAGCGACAAUGCUGACCGGCUCGAUGAUGUGGAGGACGACAUCAAUGUGACCUCUGUGGUGGAGAAAGAAAUUCUGGCCGUGGUCAGAAAAGAGAAAGAAGAAACUGGCAUGAAAGUUUCUUUGCAAAGAAACAUGGGGAAUGGACUCCUCUCCUCGGGGUGUAGCCUGUAUGAGUCAUCAGACCUGUCCCUCACGAAGCUGCCUCCCAGCCACCCACUACCUCUGGUACCUGUAAAGGUCAAACAAGAAACAGUAGAACCAAUGGAUCCUUAAGAUUUUCAGACAACAAGUGUUUUGUUUCUUAAGUUAUGACUUGGCGAGUCAGGGUGCCGGUAGCAAAUUACUUGUACAUAAUUCCAGUUCUGCAAAGCUCUCCUGACGGCAAGUGGUUUCUCCUCACCUCUCUGGAAUUAAAGAAGGAACUCCAAAGUUACUGAAAUCUCAGGGCAUGAACAAGGCAAAGACUAUAUAUAUAUAUAUAAAUAUAUACAUAUUAUAUAUGCUUAUUUACACCCAUGUCUAUAUAUUUGAACCUGUGUAUUUUGAAUAUUUGUGUGGAUAUGUUUGCAUAGCCUUCCCAUUACUAAGACUAUUGCCUAGCCAUAAUUAUUUUUUCAAUGAUAAUCCUUCAUAAUUUAUUAUACAAUUUAUCAUUCGAAAGCAAUAAUUAAAAAACAGUUUACAAUGACUGGAAAGAUUCCUUGUAAUUUGAGUAUAAAUUGUUGUAUUUUUGUUUUGUGGCCAUUCUUUGUAGAUAAUUUCUGCCCAUCUAUUGAAGUACCUAAGAUUUAGUAAACAAACACGUGACUUCAGUCAACCUCUAUAAUAAUGGUUUGAAAAUGAGGUUUUGGUAUUGCCAAAGUUAGACAGUUGAUGUGUUAAUUCAUAGGAUCGUAUCAUUUGAACAGCAUUGUAUGUAACUUGGGGAUAUGUGUGCAGAAUUACCCAAUAAUAACUUGAGUAGAAGAAACGAGAAAGGGAAUCUUGAAUAUUUUUGUUGAUGUUUUUCACCAGCCACAAUUUUACCAGAAAGGUGACAGGAAGGCUGCGCCAAUCUGUCUCUCUCCAAAAGAGCAGGGUCCUCCCACCCAACCCCCAAGUCCUGUGACCAUUCAGAGUGGCCACAUGACUUUUGCAUCCCAAUGUAUUAUCUGAAAAUGUGAAGAAGACAAAAUGCCAUGUUUGAGACCACUGUGUGAACCUUUUCCAAAACACAGGUGGUUUUGUAUGUGUGAGGUCUGGGGGCUUGAGUCUGGAUGUUGUUUUGUUGUUGGUUUUUGUUUUUUUAAUGUCAAAAUUGCACAAACAUGGUGCUCUACCAGGAAGGAUUUGAGGUAGAUCAGCUCAGGCCACACUUUGAAAACAAAAAUAAAAAACGGGUAUUCUGGUCAUCUUGGGGUAAAAGCAGGUAAUGAACAUUCCUAUCCCCGACACAUCAAUUGUAUUUUUUUCUGUAAAACUUGGAUUUUCCUCAGUAUUUGUGUUUUUACAUUUUAUGGUUAAUUUAAUUGAAGUUGAAGGGGCAUUGCGAAGUUGUUUGACAACAGUUACCUCAUUGAGUAUGUCCAGUAGUGCAGGAUAUGAUGUCUUAUCUAAUGAUUUGCUACUCUAGAGGAGAAACCAAGUAAGUGUGCUCUGGAAAGAUAGACUAUGUGUCAUUCUGUCUUUUACUCUGCUCAGCCCAAAGAUUACAUGUUGGCGUGUAAGGUGUAGCAAAGAAUGAUGUAUAUUUAUAAAUCUAUUUAUACCACUAUACCACGUGUAUAUAUAAUAUAUUUAUAACCACUUAAAUUGUGAGCCAAGCCAUGUAAAAGAACCUACUUUUCCUAAGGGCAAAAAAAAACAAAAAAACAAAAAAACCACCUUUCUGAGACUUUGCUUAAUACUUGAUGACUUCACAAUCACACAGGUGUGCUUGGGCACUCCUCGCCUAUUGUAAGAGACCCUAAAACUUUGGUGCAAAGGUGGGGACCACAUGACAACCAGGGAGAAAGAGCUACAUUGUUCUUUAUUGUUAAGGACUAAAACAGCUUUAUUUUUGUUUUGCCACAUGAUGAUUAUGUGGUCACACCCAAGUAACAGAAAUAAAAAUCUCAUUAUUAAUUCCUUUACCACUGUAACUUUGCUCUCUUCCUGUCUCUCCUUCCUAUUGAUGCCUCAUGAUUCAGUCUCUGUUAUAACUAUAUUUGACAUUUUAUUCAUGUCAACUAAUAAUCACCUGCAGAAGAGAACAAAUUUGAAUCAUCCAGGGGAACCCGAGAGCCUUACUGAUCUGUUACUAGCAAGACUGACAACUAUGUAGGUAUCAGUGUUUGAUAAUCAGUCCUUAACUGUAGGUAAACCAAAGCAUCCCAUCGACACUGACACCAAAUAGUUUUUAUUUCCAACUACUCAUUUGUUCUUUUUCUCCUUUUGUGCUUUCUUAGACUGUACUGGAGAGUUUUGAUAAAGACUUCUUGCUUCUCUCACCAUCUGUCUUUCCCUUUUUGGCCUCUUACAUGUGAAUGUUGAGCCCACAAUCAACAGUGGUUUUAUUUUUUUUUUUUUUCCUCUACUCAAAGUUAAAAUUGACCAAAGUUAUUGGCUUUUUACUUUGCUAGAACAACAAACUAUCUUAUGUUUACAUACUGGUUUACAUUGUUAUUUAUGUGCAAAUUGUCAAAAUGUAAAUUAAAUAUAAAUGUUCAUGCUUUACCAA